CGACUCUUGCUGCCGCGGUUUCAACAUCCGUGGUGUGCGUGGACGAGUGUUUACGCGACAGUAGACUUCUCGUCGAAACGAAUACGGAGCAAGGCGUAUACAGCGAAGGAUAGAGAAAGGAGACGACAGAUACGGGAUAGAGUCGGACACCGAAGACAAAGGAGAGAAGAGAGACGAAUAGAAGGCGCGUUCGCGGUGCAGUGUGGUAUUCGUGGAGCAGCAGCGUACCGAAGGUUUAGGAGCGGUACACGUCGUUGCGUUAUCGAGAGCGAAAUAACGCGACGAGUCGUCCGGUUGGCGAGACGACCGAACGAACCAUCGACGCUCGUCCAGUGAAACGGAGAAAGAGGCAAGAGAGGGAGAGAAAAAGAGCGAGCGAGCGAGCGAGCUAGCGAGCGAGAGAGAAAGGCGGAAGACAGGGAAAAAAGAGAAAACAUUGUGCCGUCUUUAUCGUGCGGGGCGUGGGUGCAGCGAACGCGAAUCCCUCGGACGAGAGACCGCUUUGCCGCGAGCGAACGAGCAAGAGAAGCGAGAGCGAGGAAACGGACGAGGAGCGAAAGAGAUGGUGGAGGACGGAACGGAUCCGUCGCGAGAAUCGAGUCGAGUAGCCUUUUCUUUGGUCGGCGCGUCUUGAGGAGGCCGAGCAACGCAAACCGUGCAGUGGCAUUGCUAACGAAGAAACGAGAGUCGAAGACGACGAGAUCGAACGAGAAGCGACGCGAGAAGCGACGCGAGAGGAGACGCGAGAGGAGACGCGAGAGGAGACGACCACCGAGAACCGGCAACGCGGAACAGGAGAAACUCGAAGAGAAGAAAGUUAAGUUUUCGGCCGAGAGGGAUAUUCGGCUGGUCGAACGAUCGCUGUUGCGGUGGUCACGUGUAGCCGCGUGCGGGUGAAAACCGCGAGAGAGCAGCGUCUCUCGAAAAGGUCUGCAGCCGAAAGUAUCGACACAGCUGGACACCGUGGGUCCGGCUAACGACAGCGGUCCGUUUUUGCCUCUCUCUUUCUCGCCCUUGCGACACCUCGGCUUUGGAUACACCGAGCCGACGUCAACAGCUGGCCGACGGAGGAUCGAGGCGCUGCUCCCGAGACCGACCGUCGGAUAUCCUGGAGGACGAUGACGAUGGUGGUAAGGAGGAUCACGAGCGGUAACCGGAGGACGAGCAGCACGAGAGGACUCGAUUGAAUCUCGAUCGAAUCCGCUCGAAUACGACGCGGCAAUCGCCGCCGCUAUCGCCGCCGCCGGAUCCGUCGUCGUUCGUCUCGCCUCCUUGCCGGCGACCGUCGUCGGCGACCGACCGGGCUCGCCGUCGGUCCCGUCGUCGCGACGGUACGACAGUUUACGUUCAACGCAGGGUGACAACACACAGUGCCGUAGUAGUGAGUGUUGGUGCGAGCAUAUUAGUCACGCGGGAUCGCGCGCGUUCUUUCUACUCGCGUUACCCUGCCGACGGCUCGCGUUCUCUCCGCGAAGCCGUCGGGGAGAGCGGUCCUGCUGUCUGUCAGUUUGCUUGCUCGCUUGCUUGCUCGCUUGCUCGCCUGUCUGCCUGUACCUGCCUGCCCGCAUACCCGUCCGCCACCCGACUGCCUGCCUACCUGUCUACCUGUCCGUCUAUCGACCCUUCCGAUCUUUCUCUCGAACCUCGCGAUCCCGAGUAUCCCGACGUUCUUCGACGCCAGGAAGCGUGCUGCUCUCAAAGACUGGCAAAAGACCGUCGGCAACCACCACCGGUGAUACCGUGCAAGUGGUAUCGUCGAACCUGCCGAGGACGUGACUCGUUCGCCGACAGACAAAUACGCGGUUAUUCGCUCGGAAACGCGGCCGAUAACCAGCCAGCAGGAUGCAGGUGGCAACGCUAUUUAGGGAGAGCGCCACCCUCUUGGGUGCCUCUAGCCUGGAUCCCCCGCAGACACAUCAUCACCAGGCUAUGCACCCGCAACAACAACAGCAACAACAGCAGCAGCAGCAACUUCAACAACAUCCUGCCGACCUGCAUUUGGCUCAUCAUAUGCAGCACCACUACAAACUAUCGUAUCCGUCGCCUGUGCAGAAUGGUGGACCGAACGGCACCCCGAUGAAUUGCGCCGGUUCUCAAGGGGUGAUGGUAAAGCAGGAAGCGAGGGAUGACGGUUACGAGACAAGUCCGGACCUCGAGAUGAGGAGCACCGGUGGUGACAGCAGUCAGCAGUACCACACGCCACUGACACCGCACACACCGCACACACCACACACGCCGCACACACCCCUCACGCCGAUAUCGGCGACAGCGCAUCAACCCCAGCAACCUGGCUCGACCGCUUCCACCCUCGGACAGGUGGCGAUCAAGUGCGAGACUCCGGUGGAUCCGUACUCGUUCGUCGACGAGGAAAUGUCGAUGGGCGGCAUCAGGACGGCGAGCAGUCCAGUUGGUAAUCCGGAAAACAUGACGUGUCCAGCUGGUGGCCAAGGAGUCCUCUCCACACCUACGUCGACGCCGCCUGGUUCGCUAUCCGGACCGCAACAUCUUCAGAUGAACCUCGGCGUAAUGAACGGCAGCGUGAAUCCGCAGUUGGCGGUGCAACAGCCGAAGAAACGCGGCCGCAAGAGAAAAUCCGAGAUGAUUCUCACCCCCGAAGAGGCGGAAUUAGCCGAGGCGAAGAAACGAGCAAAGACGUACAAGGAGAGAAAGAAGCACGACAGAUUCGACGGUAUGCCGGAAGAGGAAGUGAGCAAACGCGUUCUUCCGGAUCAUCUUACCAACAACCUGGACAUUAUUAUAAUUGGAAUCAACCCGGGACUGUUCGCCGCUUACAAGGGCCACCACUACGCCGGACCGGGAAACCAUUUCUGGAAGUGUUUACACUUAAGUGGUCUGACACCCGAACCACUGACAGCAGAUGACGACUACAAGCUCCUACGCUUCGGUAUCGGUUUCACGAAUAUGGUAGCUCGUGCCACUAAAGGCAGCGCUGAUCUAACGAGGAAGGAAAUCAAAGAAGGCAGUCACAUUUUGUUGGAGAAAUUGCGAAAGUAUAAACCGAAGAUCGCCGUGUUUAACGGUAAACUGAUAUACGAGGUAUUCUCUGGGAAGAAGGAGUUUGGAUUCGGUAGACAACCCAACCUGGUGGACGGCACAAAUACGUACAUGUGGGUGAUGCCAUCGAGUAGCGCUAGGUGCGCGCAACUUCCACGGGCGGCGGACAAGGUGCCAUAUUAUGCGGCGCUCAAGAAAUUUCGCGAUUACUUGAACGGCACGAUCUCUCAUCUGGACGAGUCCGACAUAGUGUUCGCGGACUCGAAGCUGAAGAAGAAGGAACAGGAGGCGAUCGAGGACAAGAAACCGGCGUAUUGCGAGGAGCUUACGAACGAAGGAGAGAGCAGGAUCACCGACAUGAAUGGAACUGUCAUCAAACAGGACUCAAAUUGCCAAAUACCUGGCAAGAAGAAAAGAGGCAGGCCAAAGAAGAUCAAGAAUCCGGAAGAUCAACCACCGCCCGAUCCCGAGAAAUUGGACGCGAACGGGGAAGUGAUAAAGAAGCGACGGGGGCGGCCGAAGAAGAUUCACCAACAACAAAAGCAACAGGAGCGGGAGAUCAGAGAACGAGAACAACAGCAGCAACAACAACAGCAACAUCAGGGUAUGGGUCAUCUGGGAGACGGUUACGGUACCGUGGUACCAAAUUGUUUCUCUCCGCCGAAGACGUUCGCGCAUAUGGCUCCGUACCCUCAACCGAUGAACGAUUCCGGAUACUACGGCCAAGGCAUCAACGACAGUCCGUACAGUAUAAAUGCGAAACAGAGCCCGGUACAUUUACAGCACUACAGCCAAAGUCCGAAAUCCAUGUCGCUCUCGUUUACUCAUUCCGAUCUAUCCUCGGAGAUCAACACCGCGAUCUCUUCGGAGAACAACUUGGAGCCUUCGCCGUUGACAUCCCCGAGCGUCGAACAUCCAGACUUCGAACCACCUACCAGUAUCUCUCAGCAAAAUAUGAACAACGAUCAUCGUCAGUACAAUCCGGCCGGGAACGGCGACAAUACGGGCCAUCACGGUAGUCCAGGAACGCCGUCUCAUCCGAGUUACACCAGCUACAUGGGUUACCACGAGCAAACCUCCGACCCCCACAAUCCCCAUCCCCAUCAGACCACGCCGACACCGUUGAGUCAAACUACCGACGAACAUUCGCAUCACUCGCAUCCCACUCCUCCGCAUACGCAUCCCCAUACGCCGACACACGCCUCGAUGUCGCCUCAUCAUCCGCACGAACAGUACGCCAUGAAAAGGAACACCGGACAGGACGUGGCCUCGAAAAGUCUCAGCGACCUGGAAUCUCUAGUCGAUCAGAUACCGAGCAUAGCCGAUGGGGGUAGCCAACGUUUGCAACACACGCAUCCCGGAAUGACCGACGAUGGAUCUCUGGCGGAAAAAAUGGAGGCGCAUCAUCAGUCUUAUUUGUCGGGAUUCUCCGGUAUGCCUAACGCUGGCAUGUCCAAUUACAGCCCUCCCUUGGCGCCUACCGGUGCGAUCUAUCCAUCCUCGUUGCACCAUUCUCCCAACGACGGUUACGGUUCUCUUUACGGCAUGAAUGGACGCCAACAUCAAGAUUCGCAGCAGCAGCAGCAACAACAACAACAACAGCAGCAGCAGCAACAACAACAGCAGCAGCAGCAGCAGCAACAACAACAACAGCAUCAACAGCAGCAGCAGCAGCAGCAGCAACAACAACAUAGUAAAUCUUAUACCGUCGAAAAUCUAGCGUCCAGCAAUUACACGCCGAGCAUGAGCCACGGACAUCCUGGUAACUCGUAUCCGAAUAUAAUUCCCGGACCUCAUUAUCCCGUGCCGAUGGGAUCGACGAACGGGUAUCUUUUUGGUGGCCUUGAGUCAAGCUUGAUGCAACGCACCUACGGGAUGAGCGGUAUGAGCGGUAUGGGAGGAAUGCAUCCAUCCCUCGGUCACAUGGCCAAUCCUUAUUCCUACAAUGGUUCGUAUUCUAGUUCCUUCGACGCCUAUCCGGCGCCGCCAGCAGGGAUUCACGCGCCCAGCGCCAAUUAUCCCGGCGGUUACGCGAGCGUCGGUAGCGCGACGCCAGGUACUUCUACGCCACCGUCUUACCUUCCUUCCCAUCACAGACCGUCGGUCGACCUCGCUUACGACGGUGUAUGAUAAUCGAUGUAAAGCUAUUAUUCGACGUACAUACGCGCACGCUCACACACAUACACACACAAACACACGCACACGCUCGCAUUCGCCCUCGCGCGCAUGCGCGCGCGCGUUUACACAAACACGUAUACAAAUACACGCACAGACAGACAGACAGACAGACAUACAGACAUACAGACAGAUAGACAGACAGACAACAGACAGACGAACGGACAGACAACUGGCAAACAAGCAGACGAUUCGAGCGCUACGUUUAUCUUUUCUACGUAUUUUUACACGUUUAGGAUCCGCCGGAACGAUCGUCUCUUUCUGGCGCGACUUGCUACUGCGAUUUGCGCGGCCGUUUUUCUUCCUCUUUCUCCUUUCAUCGAUCUCUACGAGCUUCUUUACGCUUUCCUCGAACCUCCUGUACCUUUCAUCGCGUGUUUUCGUAUUCACUCGGAACUCUUCCCUCUCCCGAUUUUUCCCCCUUCUUUUCUUUUUCAUCCGGCUAGAUCAAGGAUUAUGCCGCGAGUGGCAACGGGCGCACGGUUCGAAACCGCGACGGCAACCGCUAUGUGAGAAGGAAAAAGAAAGGGAAAAAGCCGGUUCUUGCACGCGCUACGCAAUCAGGCUGUCGAAUUAUGUAAAUGCGUUAAUAGGGUUUCGAAAGUGGCGUGCUCGUCCAGAUGCUAUUUGUCUCUUUUUCGCAGUGAUCGCGCAUCGAUCGUCGAUAAUGGGAAAAGUCGAACGUUGAAGUUUCGCUUCUUUCCAUCGUUUUCUAACGUUAUACUGUUACGCUUUCGUUAUUGUUGAAGAAUAUUCCGCUGUUUCGCUUCACUGGCAAACAUGUGCGAUCUGUUGCUGUUUCAACGAAUCGGUAUACAUUUUUCUCCGAACGUCGCUCGUUAAAACAUGCAAAAGUUUCACGUAUUUACGCGUGUAUUCGUCCUCGUUUUAUCCUCUUUUUCCGUUCCUUCCGUUCUAUGAGAGAAGCUAUGCAGUUUGUACGCGUCGAAUCGUUUACGUCACGUUAUUAACUGUAAUCGUUAUGUCCACGAGCGAGACUGCUAUUCGAUAAACGGUAGCGUUCGACCUUCGUGUUGAAGCAUUUUUUACGAACCAACGGACGAAAUAUAUCCGAAUUAGCGGAAUAUGUAUACACGUUCGCGUUGAAACAUUGAUUCAACCGGUAAUCGUAGCGAUGCGCUAGUCGCAAAAAUGUAAUUCGCGAAAAGUCGGUCGACGCACUACCGGUAGUAGAAUGUACGACUUCCGAUGAUAUUCCUGAAAGAAUUUGGAAAUAUUUUCUGUUCGCGGUGUAACAAAUGCGAUGUCGCAGGUAUACGACUGCUGCAUCCUAUACAGCUAUGUAUAUGCGUGCGUUACAGUGUAUGAUACGUUACAUCAAAGCAAUAGCGCAUACACGCGUGUGCACAUGAUUAAUUGCAAUCUGUAUAUGUUUAAUGCGAAUCUAGUCAAUUCGAUUCGUUGAAUCGUGGCGGUUUAUCGCAAUCGACCGAGUAAUUUUACACGCGGAUUAAGUCGGCAAAGAAAACUGACCGAUCGAUAGAGGUACUGAAUUUCGCGCGAUUUCCCUUCCGCUCGUACAGACAGAGAAGAGAAGAGACUGAAUCGCGAUCGACGUCGAACCGAUCGCAGCCGAAUACUUCACCACGUUGAUUGUAUUCUCGCGUAAUAGCCUACUUUCAACGUGUUAUUUUUUAUCGCCUCUAUUCCAACAUCAAACAGUGGAAUCUUCUUUCUGGUCAUCGAAUGACAUAAAGAGAUGCGUUCGUCGUAAUUUUUCCCCUCUCUAACUGUUCGUUAUUAUUUUCGCGGAUACUUUUUAAUUUAAUCGGCAUACAACGCGAAACAGAAAUGGAAACGUAAAUGGUCGAAAGGUCUCGCGAUCUCUCUCUGUCUGUACGCGUUGGUCGAGCGAAUCGCGAAAAGUUUGAGCAGUAAAAAAAAAAAGAAAAAAAAAAAACAGUCAAAAGGAAAAAAAGGAAAAAAAUUAAAAAACGGGAGAGAGAUGGGUCGCGAAAGAAAAUCUCUCGAUAGUCGAUUCGGUAGGCAUCCUCGCUUUCGUACCUCGCACUCGCUACAGCCAUAGCCAUAUAUAAUCGUUCUCGUUGCAAUUUGUUUAUCGGUUAAUGCAUAUCGGUUAAUCGUUGACUAUCGACGUCGCUGUGAAAUGUCAUAGGUUACCGUGAUUUUUAUAGUUAUCGCGUUAUGUUGUCUCUCGUUAAUUGUAUAUUUCGUCGCUGCGUUUCGAGUAAUCGAGGAUUACAGUGUUUUUAUCGAUACACGAUCACGAACAGUCGAUGUAGAUGUAUGCCAUAACCGACAUCCUCUUUUGUCGCUAAUCAAUGCUGUAAAAUUGCGCAUCUGGCAUGAUUAUAUGCAAAGAAAUAAAUAUAGGCACGCGUACGUGUACACGAUCGUACAUAAACGAGCGGAAGAGAAAGAAGAAAGCAAAAAUGAGGAACAAGAAAACGAAAAAGAAUAGAGAAGAUGAAAGAGAUAUACGUAUACGCGUGUACGCGUUCACGUGCCUAUACUUAUAGAAUACACAUACAAAGUAUAAAUAUUAUAUAUUGACUAUCUACGAUAAGCGAGAAACAUUUAUCGAGUAAUCACAUAGGAUGUGUUGAAACAUUUAAAAUGAUGCACAGGGUAUAGAUGAGAAAAUCGUUGAUAUAAUAACUGAUGUCUAUAUAAUGAAUGUUUCUUUUGUUCUAUCGGCCUCAAGGACACAAAGCGCGUACGAUCGACAAUUAAUCUAUGGUAGAUGUUUUUCAGAAUCCAUUCCGAUUCAAAGGGGACGGUUUUAGUAUAAGUGUCGUCGGUGUUAAUCGUUCGUCGAUAAUGAAACGAAACGAAGAAAAAAUGAAGGGAAGAAAAAGACGGAAGCAGGGAAACGGAAAUGAACGUAUACCGUGCCGAACGGAACGAACCAUUGCUAUCGAAUUAAUCGAUACCUUUCGAUUAAUCGAAUCAAUCGAUUGUAAAUUGAUCGCUAAGAAUUAAGUAUUAAGUAUAAAUAUAUUAUACAGAUUUAA